AUGGGGAAGAAAGAACUGGUGGUGUACCGAAUGCUGGAAGACAGCCCGACCUGGUCCACAGUGGUCACAGCCAUGGGCAAACAAGAAGCAGCGGAAGAGCUGGAGACGUCAAAGCCAUUUUGGCGAGACGUGAACGUCGAUUCCCUCACGAAGACGCUAGAGCAGCUCGUGACGAAGCUGAGCGGUGGCCCGACCAACGCGCUGAUCGAGAACCACGUCACGGCGCUGGCAGCGCAGAUCGCCAAAGAGAAGGCAGCUCAAGAGCAGGCACCGCAAAAGUCGAAGGCCAUGAGACUCGCUGAAGCUGCCAGAGGGUUAGAGCAGGCAAACAGGCGCUACAGCCACAAGCAGACGGUCCACGAGCAGCACCUUGCAAAAGGAGACCGACUACGACUCGAAGCAGAAGAAGCAGCUGAAAAAGUCUUCGAGCCGGAGUACGCGAUCCAGAGAAUCCAUGAAGAAGCGGGAGGCACCCACCAGACGCAAGGGCUCCUGGAGCAGCUUACGCAAGGGGAUAUCUCAAGACUCACGGAGACGGCCAUGAAAAGCAUCGAGGACGAACUGGCAGCGGACGAGGAACUGGGUGGCGAGGCCACCGCGGAGGUCGUCAAAGCCAAGCAGGACCUCAUACAGAAGAUGAAGAUCGAAGCGCAGACAUUCAAGGGCCACCUGGACACCUUCGCGGAGGCAGGUGGCAAGGACAAGAAGCACAUGGACGACAUCCUGGAGAAGAAGAGGCUCGCGAAGGCGUUCGAGAAGAAGCCUGGGGAGGACGGCUACUUCGACGGCUUCGCAUUCCGGGAGACGCACCUUGGGCGCGAUGAGGACGGUUUGCAAUUCUUAGAUCGGACGCCAAUGGCAGGGCACCUCCAAGGUUUCAGUUUGAUAGUUAUCAGUAUCCACAUAGACGGCAACUGCGCGAUCCUGAACGGCAUCAACGGCAGGAAGAUCGCCACGCUCACGAGUUUUCUCCUCGGCAUCAGUCAGCCAUGGGUUAUUGCAGGCGACUGGAAUCACUCACCGGAGCAAGUAUGGGACAUUGGUUGGCCCAACCAGAUCGGAGGCAAGGUAAUGACCUUGCCAGGGGACUCAAGCACGUGCUUCGAGCGCGGCAGCGAGCCAUCGCUCAUCGACUUCGCUUUCGUCAGCCACAAAGCGGAGCGCCACAUCAGUCACAUCGCAGAGAUCACAGACGCACCAUGGAUGCCCCACAUUGGCCAAUGCUUAGUUAUCAACGGGGCCAUCCAGUACAACAUGAUAAGAACGCUUGCGUUGCCAAGAACAUUCAGCCACCCGAAGCUUGCCAAGCCCCUGCCCAACCCUGACAGUAAGCGGCAGAAAAAGCUGAGCAAGCAAAAGGUGGCCAAGGGGCAGAGUACCCAGGUUGGCGGCCAGGAGGAGGACGUCGACACAGUCGUCGAGCUCGACCACCACCUGGACAUAGAGGAGAGCAUGUACAUGCAACAAAACAGCAGCGGAGACCAUGAGGACUCCAUGAAAGCACAACCGGCGGCGGAGGAUCUCCUUGUUCAACUGGGGGGAGACACCGACCAAGAGGACGAGACAGAGAACAACCCACAGCAAGUGCAGCUCAAGCCAGAGCAGGACAUGCCCACCACUUGCAUGGACGACCUCUGGCUCUGCAUGACGCUGCUACCGACGCAUGCGACCACUGCAAGUACAUCACCACCCACAAGUAUCAUGGAGAACGCAGCAUACAAGGCCACAGAGGGCGAGGCCGUGGAGCUAGGGGCGCAGUGCGCAAAGCUCAUGCAGGCAAUCCAAGGGGCACCAGACAAAGGAAAAGGGGUAGACCAGAUGUGCAUGUCGGACCUACGUCGCCUUCCAGCUCAGGGACGCAACAGCUUCGUGAAUGUGCGCAACGAGUGCGAGAAGGCCAUCGCAUGGCCUUGGCAAGUACUGGAGGCGUUUGUCAUGCUCGAGGCUAAGGGAGACAGCCAACCAGCGCUCCACGCAGUCAGCACAGGACAGAGCUGCCUGAGAGAGGCCAUGCUCAGAAUCACCGGCGACGAGGCAGUGGGCGCCCUAGGAGCAACGACGGCAGGUGCACUCAUAGAUGUCGAGAGGUUCUAUAACAACGUAGAGUUCGAGUACACAGAGCCGAUGUCAAACCCCAGAAUCUGGUUCGACGACAUUAGCCUCAGAGCCACUGACAGCCAGACGUCGGUGGCGAGCGACAUCGUGAACCAGGUCACGCCACUCAAAGCACAGCUGGAAAGGAACAAACUGAAGAUGGCAGCAAAGUCGGUAGUCUUCGGCCCCACCAGCAAGAGCAAAGCGAACGUCGCCAAGCAGCUCGCCAAGCGCAACAUCAAGGUCAAGCCAGUGAAAGAAGGGCGAGACCUGGGGCUCGACAGAGGCGCGAAGCUCACCACAUCGCGAGCGGCGCACAGGGCCAGAAAGAUAACAGCAGGGAAUAGAUUCAACAAGGCCGGCAAGAAACUGAGGCUGUUGAACGCCAAGCAAAUCAAGGGCAUCGUAGAGCAAGGGGCAAUGGCGUCGGUGCUCUACGGAUGCAAAGCGUUUGGUCUCGAGCAGGAAGCGGAAUUCACAGACGUCAAAAAGCAGAUCAACAUGCUCAAGAAGAAAGAGAAGUACCAGGAAUACGGGGCCUUGCUCGUGGCGGUCUGUGGAGGCACCUGGUACCAGAACAACGCCUACACCAGGACAAACGGCGACCUGUGGAAGAAGCUGGGGCAAGAGCGGCAGCUGCAGAGGCUGGAACGGCGCGUGGAGGAGGUGGCGAGCGCCUCGGCCGCCGGGGGCCGCUGGGCAGAGCUGCAGGGCCACGUCGACGGCCUCGCGCAGACCGUCCAGGACCUGCUGCGGCAGGGCCCCUCGCCGGUGCCGGCAGGCCCAGAGCCCGGCGUGGCCCUGGCGGCGAUGCGCCGCGAGGUGGCGGGGCUGGCGGGGCUCGUGGAGGCGCAGCACCGCGCCUUCUGCGAGGCGAUGGCCGCGCCAGCACGGCGUGGGGCCGCGGCGCCCACGCUGCGGCCGCCGCCGUGGGGCGCGGAGCCGGGCCAGGAUCCGGCGGCAACGUCAGUCGGGCGGCUGCUGACCAGCGGUGGCCUAAACGGGGUCGGGCGGGGCCAGGACGAGGAGCUCGGCGAGGGCGGCGAGCCCGAGGUGGAGGAGGAGGAGGAGGAGGAGGAAGAGGAGGAGGAGGAUGAGGAGGAGCUGAUGCUCUGGCGAACAGACUUGGAGGACCCUUUCGACAGAUCGGAGCCCUGCGCUGCGAACUCCAGGACCAGGCCGCGGAGUUCGCCGCCCAGCUGGGGGACCUGGAGGGGGGCCUCGAGGAGGCCCUGCAGGCGCUGCAGGCGCAGCAGCGCGCCAGCGGCGCCGGCGAGCGCCGCCUCCUCCUCGCCAUGCGGGCGCGGCGGGCCACGGGCGGCGAGGAGCGGCGUGGGUGCCCUGCGGGGCGACGUGGACGACAUCCACGAGGAGCUGGAGGAGCCUCUGGGGCAGGCUCGGCGGCGUGGAGCUCGGCCUCGAGGGCAUGUGCGGCGCGCUGGGCCGCGUCUGCGAGCAGUUGGCCAAGGUGCACCCGGGCGCCGCCUCCGCGCCCAGGCUGCCCCGCGGGUGGCGCGGGGGCCGGGAGGACCCCCCUUCGAGGACGAGGGCGACGAUGAAGCCGCGGAGGACCCGGAGUGCCAGGACGACCUGGCGACAGACGACGGGUUGGAGAUGGGAUAA